AUGGCACCAACUAUUUUAUUACCACUUCUCGAUCAGUUUUCGAUCCCAAAAACUGACUUUUGUCCUUAUAAUAUUCUGCUACCUCGCGACUUUAUAGGAGAAGUUAAAAAUACAACCCAGUCCUUUUCAAGCUGGGAUAGUUGUAUGAACAACACAGCUUGUAAAUGGAUUGCUAUUAUUGGCAUCAUUCUGGCCUGCCUAGUGGGUAUUUGGAUUCUUGGUACUAUCUUUCAAUGUCUUUUUUACGGAGUUGGUUUCUUUGCUUCUCUUUGCUGUCUUUGUACUGCUUGCUGCUGUCGUGGAAAGAAUAAAAAUUAUCGUGACACUCAAUCUUCUUAUAACCCUGGAGCUAUGCCACCGCUGCCCCAUCAAACAAAUUACUAUGUGAAUAAUACCUAUCAACCCGAACCUAAUCCAGGACCGAAAAUUACACCUGCUUGGGAAACAUAUUCUAAGGAUGGAACUGCAUCUGUGUCUUCAGUUCCGCCACAGAUGCCUCAGCAAUCGGCACAAAAUGGAGGCUUUUUUUCGGGCAUUGGUAACAACGGUGUUGGCUAUCAACGUCUAGGUGAAAAUACAGCCUAUGGUGGUGCUAGCACUACUUACCAGGGCAAUCAGGGAUCAGCCAUUGAAAUGAGCCCGUAUCCCCUCGGUGAAAACUCAAGCUACUACAAUGAUAAUCAAAGCGAUAUGGGUAAUACACGCCAUUAUUACAACAAUUCAAAUGACCCAUUUAAAGAUUCCACUGCCACUAAACCAUAUGGGUCUCAAGAUCCUCCCCCCUACAAAUAA